AUGGCUGAAGUCAGGAUUGUGGAUUUAAAGACUGUGGUUUAUCAGCUGAAGCCCCUUCUCAUCCACAUGUCGCUACUCCUUGUCUUUGCAGUAUCUCCUUUGGUGAACGAAGGCCCACACACCAAUGUGGAUGAGUGUGCCCUGGGGCUCGAUGACUGCCAUCCGGAUGCUAUUUGCCAGAACACCCCCAAGCUAUACAAGUGCAUGUGCAAGGUCGGCUACACCGGCGAAGGGAAGAAAUGUGAAGACAUUGAUGAAUGUGAUAACGACUUCAAUGGAGGCUGCGUCCACGAGUGCUUCAACAUCCCGGGAAAUUACCGCUGUACCUGCUACGAUGGCUUUAUGUUGGCUCAUGAUGGCCACAACUGCCUGGAUACAGAUGAAUGCAUGUUCAACAAUGGUGGCUGCCAGCACGUUUGUGUCAACACGGUGGGGAGCUAUGAGUGUCGCUGUAAGGAAGGCUUCUUUCUCAGUGACAACCAGCACACAUGCAUCCACCGCUCAGAAGAAGGCAUGAGCUGCAUGAAUAAAGAUCAUGGCUGUGCACACAUCUGCAGAGAAACACCCAAAGGAGGGGUUGCUUGUGAAUGCCGACCAGGAUUUGAGCUGUCCAAGAACCAGAGAAGCUGCAUUUUAACAUGUAAUCAUGGAAAUGGUGGCUGUCAACAUACAUGUGAUGAUGCUGAUAAUGGGCCUAUUUGUGGAUGUCACCCCAAGUACAUCAUGCAUAUGGAUGGGAAAACCUGCCUGGAGAGGGAAGAGGCUGCUGUUGAAAUUCCAGAAGGCAACACAACAGCAGGAGCUGAUGUGGACAAGCGAGUUAAGCGACGGUUACUCAUGGAAACGUGUGCAGUUAAUAAUGGUGGCUGCGAUCGUACGUGUAAAGAUACAUCGACCGGAGUUCACUGCAGCUGUCCUGUUGGAUUCACACUCCAAUUUGAUGGGAAGACAUGCAAAGACAUUGAUGAGUGCCAAUCCAAUAAUGGAGGCUGUGAUCAUUUCUGUAAAAACACUGUUGGCAGUUUUGAUUGCAGCUGCAGAAAAGGGUUUAAAUUAUUAACAGAUGAGAAGUCUUGUCAAGACAUCGACGAAUGCUCUUUUGAACGGACGUGCGACCAUACGUGCAUCAAUCAUCCGGGCACGUUUGAGUGUACAUGUAACAAAGGAUAUGCUCUCUAUGGCUUCACACACUGUGGAGACAUAAAUGAAUGCAGCAUCAACAACGGUGGCUGCCAACAGCUGUGUGUGAACACACCAGGAGACUAUGAAUGCCUGUGCCACUCUAACUACAAAUUACACUGGAAUAAAAAGGAUUGUGUUGAGAUAAAGGAGUCCUUUCCUGAUAAUAUGUCACCCAAGGUAUUGCUGCACUGCGUGAAGAGUGGCAGGAGUGAUAGAUGCUUCUUAAGCUGCUCUUCAGAUGUUCGGAUAGUUUCUGGAACACAAGAUGCCUACACUCUCACCUGUGGCAGCUCAUCUCAACUUAAGAAAAAGCAGCAAAAUACAAAUGCAUCCACUUGGCUGGAUAUUUCAACCAUCAAGAUAAGUGUAACCUUUAAAUUAAAUGAAGGAAAAUGUAGUUUGAAAAAGACUGAGAUGUUUCAAGAAGGCCUGGAACAGAUGAUACCAGAGAGACAUAACUCAGUAAUGGAGAGCUUCCACUAUGUAAACCUAACGUGCAGCUCUGGCAAGAAAGUCCAUGGAGACCUCAGUAGACUACCAGCAACCAGAGAGAUUUUUAUCACUGCGGACUUUGAGCUUGAAACGAACCAAAAGGAGGUGACAGAUACGUGUGAUGUGCGCUGUGCCCGAAAAAAGACAGAGAAGAGGUUCCGUAAAACCAUUCGAACCUUACGGAAGACAGUCAACAGGGACCAGUUCCGUGUCCGUGUCUCUGGCAUGGACCACGAAGUGGCCAGGAAGUCUCUCAAGCUGUCAGAGCCACAGCAGUCAUGUGGUGUGGGACAGAUGCAUGUGGGUAGCAGAUGUGAUCAGUGCUCUCCAGGUGAAUAUUCCUCUGAUGGUUUCAAGCCCUGUUUGCCGUGCCCCAUUGGAACAUACCAGCCUGAAGCUGGGCGAGUGUCCUGCUUCCCCUGCGGAGGGGGUCUGGCAACAAGACACAGCGGUACAUCCUUGUUUCAGGACUGCGAGACCAAAGUUCAGUGUUCACCUGGUCAUUUCUACAAUACGACAACUCAUCGGUGUAUUCGCUGCAUGGUUGGGACGUACCAGCCUGAGUUUGGACAGAAUUACUGUAUUUCUUGCCCUGGAAAUACCACAACAGAUUAUGACGGAUCCACAAAUAUAACACAGUGCAAAAAUAGGCAGUGUGGAGGUGAACUGGGAGAUUACACUGGGUAUAUUGAAUCACCCAAUUAUCCUGGGGACUAUCCUGCAAACACUGAAUGCACUUGGAACAUUAACCCACCGCCAAAACGCCGCAUUCUGAUUGUGGUUCCAGAAAUAUUUCUGCCAAUAGAAGAUGAGUGUGGGGACUACCUGGUGAUGCGAAAAAGCUCUUCUUCCAACUCAGUGACCACCUAUGAAACCUGUCAGACCUACGAACGCCCAAUAGCUUUCACUUCUAGGUCUAAGAAGCUGUGGAUCCAGUUCAAGUCGAAUGAAGGGAACAGUGCCAAAGGAUUCCAAGUUCCUUACGUAACGUAUGAUGAGGAUUAUCAAGAACUAAUAGAAGACAUCGUUCGGGAUGGUAGACUUUAUGCAUCUGAAAAUCAUCAAGAAAUACUUAAGGACAAGAAGCUGAUAAAAGCAUUGUUUGAUGUGUUGGCACAUCCGCAGAACUACUUCAAGUACACAGCCCAAGAGUCAAGAGAGAUGUUCCCAAGAUCCUUCAUUCGGCUCCUGCGCUCCAAAGUUUCCAGAUUUUUGAGGCCUUACAAAUAGCUGGCACUGUCCUUAAAAUACUAACCAGCCCUUGGCAUGCACAGAGGGGUUGUGGUAGGUGGGCCUGCUUUCUGUGCUGUACACACUGGCAGAGAGACUCUGGGGAAGCUUGCCAGCUCCAUUCUUGGGAGUGUUUGGUUUUCUCAGCUAAUAUAAAUAUUUUGUUGAGCAGAGUUUUGAUUCCUUUCCAGAUAAUAUCUUUUGGGUACCAAGGAUAAUUCAUGGAUCUGCAAAUUAGAGACUGACCAUAAUUUCUGUAACUGAAUGGUGCCAAGCAGACGUUUGAGAGCUCUGCCCUGAUGCUUCAUUCGUAACUCCAAGAGCUAAUGAGGACAGACAGGCUAAGUGGUGCGGUUUGGGUUGAAAUUUGGGCUGCCAUUACUGCAUAUUACCUCAACAAAGCUGGGUUCAUGCGAAAGUGAGAACAAGUUUGAUGUCUCUAUUAACAUUUGCUGCAGAGGAAAUUCAGAGCUAAGAUUGAAAUGAUUUAAUCCAAGCCAGUGAGUCCAAGAAUUGCAGAGUAUGUAUUUUUUUUCUCCAAACUAUGUGUUGUAUGAAGCACGAGCAAAGGGUUGAAUAUUAGCUCAAAUGCUCUGGGUCUGGAUCACCUUGUGUUCAUGCUAGUGAACUGAUAAUCUACUGGUUUGAGUGGAACGAUACCAGGACAUCAAAGAAACGGGAAGCAGACCUUGAUCCUCUGGAUACCUCCAAUUUGGACUGACUGCAAAUGCUACAACAGAACAAAUUCUGGGCUAAAUUCCAAUUCUCUCUCCUUGUGCAUAGGCCUGGGACAGAUCAUGUAUUGGCUUUUCCAAGUAGUACAAAAUUCUAUCCUCUGAAUACCUGCAGCUGAGCAUAAACUCCAAAUGCAGUCUUUGCAUAGACGGUGUUCUUGUAUGUCAUGAUUUACAGCUGUUUAAGGUUCUUAAUCUCCUAUGAUUCUGUGAUUCUGAUUCUUACAUGACCCUCAAUCCUCAUACCCCUUACCUUGUCUGAGCACCUUGCAAUGGCCUUGUAGAGCAGAGGAGGGCUGCUUUCCCUUUCUUGUUGGAGAGAAGCAGAUCUGUGAAAAUUUUUUUCAGCCAGACUACAGAUGCAGCUUUUUAUGCUGUUCGAGACUCCCAAAUUCUGUAAUUCUCCUCAGCUUGUGCUUCUCAUUCGAGCAGAGUAUUCUGAAAGAGCCCGUGAUGAGAAAAAUGUUGAUCAAAACGUUU